AUGCCUGUUGCGCUAGGACUCUUCCCUGAUUCGUCAAUACCCCACUGGGCGCCUCUCAGCGCCAGUGCUCAGGGGUAUUCCCGUCCUUCAGACGCUCCUCAAGCCAUCACAAGCCACCUCACCCCCGAGACCUCCCCUCAUCAGGCCCAGGGACUUCUCUGUUCUUUCCAGCCAGGGGAGAUCCCAUGGCACUGGCAGUUGGCAGGGGAUGGCGCCCGUUGGACUGAAGAUCGCCUCUAA